AGAUUAUUGAUACAUGAAAGGUCAUUCACCUGAUUACUGGGAAUUUUCCUAUUCUACUUUCACUUUCGAUUUUGCGAAAAGUGUACCAACAACAACUCUGUGCUGUUAUGUAACUGGGGACAACAUUGUGUCAGGUUCGUCUCAAUAUUCCACUUUAAGAAGAUAUUGUAAAAGGAACUGCAACGUAUGCUUCAAAUCCAAAUGAUAAAUGAGGAACGAUAAAAUGGUAUAAAUUUAAGAGCCUAACGUUUAUACUGACUUUGGAAGACAAGACUGCCAGGAACCUGAAGAAAAAUAGAAAAUCAUUAUUGAUUUAACAUUUUAAAAAGAAUCGAACAGUUAAGAUGUCUUUAAAAAGUCAUGGAACUAGUUUGACAUCUAGACGCAUAUUGGUAAUGUUUGAAAAUAAUAUAGACGAUCAAGAAUUAUUGGCCAGCCUAGCAUCUACAAACAAUUUAAAAUAUUUUAUGAAUAAAUCUGAUUUGAAGCUGGAAACAAUUUCAGCUUUUGUACAUAUUGUUAGCAAUGCACUUAGAAGCAAUGGUAAUGCAGACCUAAUGUUACGGCUGUUAUGCGAUAUUUCAGAUUCAGGUCUUCUAGGUUUCGAUGGCUUGAGGAUUCUACAACAGUAUGACGAACAUCUAGAAUGUUCCCAUCCACUAAACUGUCUACUGGAUGAUUAUAUUCUGAUAAUUCAGCAGCUGUUUAUGAGAACACCGAGUUCUGCAAUGACACCACAGACGAUUGGAUUAGUUGAUUUUCUAAACCAAACGAUUAUAGCGAGCGACGUGUCAGUUGAAAAGGAAACAAAACUUAAUAGCGUAUCAAAAUUAAGGAACGAUAUUAUUCACACUUUAACAGAAAAGGCAAAAUGUAAGACGAUAUCAAAAGUUGAAGACGACUUUGAGGAUAAACUGUUACCGCCAGACGAUUUUCGUCGACUUUCCAUCAUACCGAGCGAUAGAGAUGUAUUUGAACCUACUGAGUUUCUUCGUCGAAACAAAUCAAAGGGGCAGUAUUUAAACCUUGAACACUAUCUUGAUGUUCAGUUUAGAUUAUACAGAGAGGAUUUUAUUUGUCCACUCAGGAGCGCAGUGAAAGAGUACAUACAAAUAAACCAAGAAAUAAAUCAACCGCGUGGUCGUCAUAUUCGUUUAGAAGAUGGACGGUUAUAUCGUAAUGUAAAAAUUAUGGGCACAACGUUAUCACAUGAGUUUGGAACGGUUUAUGAAAUCGAGCUCGAUUAUCAGCAUGUUAAGAAAAUAAACUGGUUUACAUCAAAAAGACUAAUUUAUGGGUCUCUUGUCUGUCUUUCAUUUGAUAAUUUUCGCACAGUUUUGUUCGCAGUUAUAGUUGAUUCUGACAGAAAAGAUUUGGAACGGUCAGGUGUAUUCAAAGCCCAGGUAUUCAUAACUAGAGAGGAUCAAAAGAUCUCACGUAACAUUAACGGUGUAAUGAUUGAGUCAUCAUCAGCAUAUUUUGAAUCUUAUCGCCAUGUUUUAGCGGCAUUAAAAAAAGCUAAAGGGCACUUACCAUUCAAAAGAUACAUUGUCGAUUGCGAAAGAGAUAUUUUGCCACCGAGUUAUAUAAGAGAAGGGUCUCAAACUUAUGACUUCAUGCCUGUCUCGGAACAAAGAACUUGUGUGAAUAUUUUGAAUAUUGAAGAAUGGCCUAGUAUGGACGAUCUUCACCUUGAUGCUGCUCAAUGGGAAGCAUUUCAUGCAGCUUUAACUAAAGAGUUCGUUGUUAUUCAAGGUCCUCCAGGUACAGGUAAAACCUACAUAGGACUUCAAAUUGCCAAAAUACUACUUUACAACAAGAGCGUUUGGAGUGAUAGGAAUGUUUUAAGGGAUGAACGUAGGUUGUACAGGAGAAUUCCGGAUGAGGAAGAUAUGUUUGAAUAUGAAUGUAAAAAUUCUAUCAUGGUUGUCUGUUUUACAAAUCAUGCCUUAGACCAGUUCCUUGAAGGAAUAAUAAAAUUUCAAGGGUCAAUUCCGAAGGAAGAUAUUAUUAGAAUAGGGAGCCGCUGUAAGAAUCCAUCAGUUGAGCAGUUUACCUUGUUCAAACAUCGAUCAAAGUUCCUAUCGAACUAUCGCAAAACAGCCUACAAACUACAACGUUUAAAAAAUAUAGAUAGCAACACCAUCACACUCGUGGACAGAUUAAAAUCACGCAUGUUGCAAAUCAAAUCCAGAUUGACAGCUAUUCAAAAUGAACAAAUUGUUCUUGGCUUCAUUAUUUUAAAGACUGUCAUGUCUAGCGACCAUAGAAAAGAAUUCGGAGAAAAGCCAAACAAAGAUUUCUACCGAUGGCUUGAAGUUACAGAAGGAUUUUGGUACAAAGAAGUUGAGAAAAUCUACCAAGGACGCCAAAAUGGUUCAACAGACCGGUACCAACACAACCACAUUGCUAACGGCGAUGCUGUAUAUAUUGAUAUUACAAGUGAGGCAGAAUUCGAAUAUGCUGAACGACACAUAGAAGAUGACGAUUACAACGAGGUAUAUAGUACCGAAAACUUGGGUUUAGAUAUAAUAAAGCAGCUCAAGAAAAACGAAAAGAAAAAUGUUGAGGAAAGAUGUCGUGAGGUAUUGCGCAAUGAGGCAGAAAAAGUAAAACAAAACAUCAGAUUUGGAGAUAAAGUGAUCAGAGAAACAGCAGAUAUCAUCACAAAUCUCUGGGAACUAACUUUAGAAGAUCGAUGGAAGUUUUAUCGUUUCUGGGUCUCCCAGUAUAUAGAAUCACAAAAGCAACAACUGCAAGACACCGAAGGACUUAUCAGUGCAUUAUUUGAUCGAUACAAACAAGCUAAACUUCAAAUUGAUGAACUUAUUAUGAGCAAAGCAUCUGUAAUUGCACUGACAACAACGGCUGCAGCUCGAUAUUACGAUUCUCUAGCAAAACUGAAACCAACAAUUACAAUUAUUGAGGAGGCAGCUGAAGUAUUGGAAGCGCACAUUGUUACAGCCCUCAGCCAAAAUUGUCAACACGUCAUUCUUAUAGGUGAUCACAAACAACUAGAACCUAAACCAGCUGUUCACGAACUUGCAAUCAAAUACAAUUUGUCAGUCUCUCUUUUUGAAAGAAUGAUAAACAACGAAUUACAUUAUUAUUGCCUACAAAGACAACACAGAAUGAGACCUGAUAUUGCAGAUCUGGUGAGACAUAUCUAUCCUGCUUUGGAAGACAACGAAAAUGUAACUUAUUAUGAAGAUGUUGGGGGAAUUCGACAGAAUCUUUAUUUUAUCAACCAUUCGAGCCCUGAGAUUUACAGCGAUGAAGGGAGAAGUUAUUCGAAUGAAUUCGAAGCUGAAUACGCAAAGGAACUAUGCAGAUAUUUGUUGAACCAGGGUUACAAGCCUAGCCAAAUAUCAAUUCUAGCAGCUUAUUCGGGUCAGAUGUAUUGCAUUCAAAAGAAAAUGCCGAAAGCAGAAUUUGAAGGUGUCACCAUAUGUGUUUUGGACAACUAUCAAGGCGAGGAAAAUGAAGUCAUCAUCUUGUCCUUGGUCAGAAGCAAUCAGGAGGGGGUUAUUGGGUUUCUUAAUAAAGAAAACAGGAUAUGCGUUGCAUUGUCCCGUGCCAAAAAGGGAAUGUACAUCAUAGGCAACCUCGAUACUCUCACAAGAAAAUCUAAAAAUUGGCAGAUUAUAUCAGAUACACUAAAAAGUAAAAACAGCAUCGGCAAAGGUUUGUUUUUGUAUUGUCAAAAUCACCCAGAAAAGCAGGAAAUUCAAGCAAUAUCUCCACCGGACUUUCUCAAAGCCCCCGAUGGUGGAUGCGGUAUUCCAUGCGAGUUUAGGUUGAAUUGUGGUCAUGCUUGCCGAUUUAAAUGUCACAGUUUUGAUAAGGAUCAUACAGAAUAUGAAUGUAUGAAAAACUGUCCAAAGACAUGUCCAAACGAACACAAAUGCCCUCGAAGAUGUCACGAAUCAAAUCCAUGUGAAUGCUGGGUAAAAAUAGAAAAACAACUUUCAUGCGGGCAUAUUAAUCAAGUUAAGUGUUAUAUUGAGCCAAUGGAGCAUAAAUGUUAUACAGAAGUAGAGAGACUUCUCAAAUGUGGCCAUACCGCUUUAAUGCGUUGUCACACAAUAGUUGACAGCUGUAAGUGUAAAGAAAAUGUCAUCGAUACAAGAUCUAAAUGCGGUCAUGAAUACGAAAGAGAAUGUCACGAAUCUAAGCAUGUAUUCGAAAAUGAAAUAAAAUGCUUGAUACAAACAGAAAAGACUUUCAAGACGUGCAAACAUACAAUAGUCGUAGAAUGUCAUACUGAUUUAGAUAAAAUCAAGUGCAUGGAGUCCGUCACAAAGAAAUUCAACUGCGGACAUUCAGUUGAAGCAGAUUGCUAUAUGGUUAAACAUGUAACUUGCAAAGACAAAUGUAUGAAGCUUUGCGACAAACUUCAUGUAUGUAACAGGACAUGUCAUUUUCCUUCUUCUUGUUAUUGUUUCGCAAUUAUAGAAAGAGUUAUACCUGGAUGUCAGCAUAUACAGAAAAUGUCUUGUUCAGAGGACUUAAACUCAUUUAAAUGUUUGGAAUUUGUACAGAAAACUUUACCCAAAUGUGGCCAUACAAACAAGGUAGAAUGCUAUAAAACCCCGGAGCAGAUUUGUUGCUCAAUUGAUGUUCAAAAGAAAAUGCCCAAAUGUCAACACGAACAAAUUAUUUCAUGUGGUAUAGAUCCGGCAUUGGAACGUAUUAAGUGUAUGUCGGACGUUGACGUAUACUUAAAAACAUGUGGACAUACUCUUCGCCUUACAUGUUGGGAAUCCAAAGAGGAAAGGGAAGAUUCAGCUUUACAAUGCAAUGUAGCAGUUCCAUAUACUUAUCAUUCAUGUAACCAUACCACAAAUAUUCAAUGUAGUAUGAAGCAAGCAAUCGAUAAAAUCGAAACUGCAGAAAAUCCGAUGAAUACGAAUGAUAUACCUUUAUGUUGUCAUCACGUUUCACAAAAAUUACCCUGUGGGCAUUCGAUUGAAAUUGAAUGUCAUAGAGCUGGACAUCCUAUAAAAUGUACUUCAAAAUGCCAAAAACUGCUUUCAUGUGGCCAUAUAUGUACGCAACUUUGCAUUGAAUGCCAGGACGGCUUGAUCCACAAAAAGUGCAAAAGGAAAUGCGAAAAAGAGCAGCUAUGUGGACAUAAAUGUAACGGUUACAAUUGUCUUCAUUGCAAACCUUGCAAUAAACCAUGUACUUACGCUUGUGACCAUAGAAAGUGUACCAACACGUGUAGUCAACCAUGUAAACCGUGUAAACAACCGUGCGUCUGGCAGUGUCCUCAUUCCAAAUGUUCAAAAUUGUGUAGCGAAAUAUGCGACCGUCAAAAAUGUAGUCAACCAUGCAAAAGUAUCCUGGGAUGCGGACAUAUUUGUUCUGGAUAUUGUGGCGAGCCUUGUCCAGAUAUAUGUAUAGAAUGCAAACCAAAUCAGUUUCAGGACGAUAGUAGCAAUCCGUAUUCAAAAUUUUACAAAACGGUAACUCUGAAGGAAUGUGGUCACACAUUUACGGAUACAAUUUUAGAUGCAUAUAUGAGGAAAUCAAAGGAUGCUCUUGUUAUAAAAUGCCCAACCUGCAAAACAAUCAUUCAUAAACAUCCAAGAUAUGACCGUGUCCUCAAAUGUAAGAAGCAGUUUAUCGAAGCAGCUAAGAGCAACAUUUUGGAAAGAAACAUCAAUCGUCAAAUAACAUUUCCUUGUUAUAAAGGAGACGUUGUAAAUAUAAUAAAUACGUAUUUGAAAAAAUUUGCAACCUACAGACAAAUUGUUAAGUAUUUAAAUUCUGAUCAAAACUUUGUUGACAAUUUAUCGUUUACAACUUCCAUUGCUAAUAGGAUAUACGAUACUGUUAACCAGGGAUUAAGUGAUAUACAUAGUUUUGAAGACUUGUUUCAAGAAAUCUAUAAGUUACAAACUCUUUGGGUCGUAACAAUAUGUUCAAGUAAACCGGAUGUCUUGGAGGCUGCCUUUGACGACAAUCGUGUUGCUGAAGUAGGAAAACUCUUGGAGGACAACAAAACGCAAAGUCAUGUUAUUGAUAGUGAUAUUCUCCUUGAUAUAAAACAUGAUUCCUUUACUGCUGCAGGAGCGAGACCAAAAGAUUCAACAAAAACGACAUACAUGACCCACAUCAGCAUUAAUGGGAACGAUGUAGUAAACUUCAUAAAAGCCCAAAUUGUUCGAGCUGAAUAUGAUCACCAACAUAUUGAUGAGUUACUGUCCUUUCUUAUCACAAGCCUUGAGAGAAUAGAGGAGGAUGUGCAUUUAACUAAUGCUAAAGCAUACCCUGUCCUACGAGAUAAGAUGGGAGUUCAUCAGGAUGAGUGGGCCAUCUGCAAAAAAGGUCACAUCUUCUCUAAACCCAACGAUGGUAUAACGUGUGGUGUAUGCCGAGAAUCAAGAACGAUAAAACAACCCAAAGAGUCCGUGACAAAAGACGCAAGUAAAUUGGAGUUUCAAAAAGAUACAAGGAGUUCCCCAAAACAAUUUCACUUUUCAAGGGGCGAAGUUAGAAAGCAAGUUUUAGACCAGACUCACUUAAAACAAGAAUGGGACAGAUCUGUUGAGGCUAAAGAAGAGAUGAAACAAUCUACAUUCGCAAUUAAUGCACGAGCAGGAAGAAAUAGUACACCACGGAGAAGACCAAGAGGUAACUUAAGAGGUCGAGGUCGUUUAGCCAACGAAGAAUCCCAUGGAAAUCGUCCAAUGUCACUUAAAGACUUUAUCACGCCGUCAUCAAGUGAACAAUUCAAAAUAUGCUCCAUUUCGAUUCAAUCAACCGGAAUUUCCGAUGAAUCACGGAACAUGAUGAGCAAUGAGGAACAAGAAGACUUUCCAACUUUGACUACAAUUGAUAAUAAACCAGAAGGCAAUCUCAAAUGGAACUGGCCAAAGAAAGAUAAUCCGACCAUAGCACUUACAAAACAAAACACGAUUGGUGCAGAGGAACAUCAAGACUUUCCAAAUUUGACUACAAUUGAUAAGAAACCAAAAGGCAAUCUAAAAUGGAACUGUCCAAAGAAAGAUAAUCCGACCAUAGCAACCACAAAACAAAACGCAGAGGAACAAGAAGACUUUCCAACUUUGUCUACAAUCGACAGGAAACCAGAAGGGAAUCUCAAAGUUUACAGUCCAAAGAAAGACAAUUCGACAAUAACAGCCACAAAACAACAAAAACGGAAGAAGAGACGGUGAUCAUUAUCACAUUAUUAUAGUUAACCAUACUAAUGACUGUAAUUACACGAAGUGAACAAAUACUUUUCGCUGUGAAUGUUUAAGUUAUGUUCACUGUUCUAGUCAAUUUUAACUUCCGCAGUAAUGUCACACAGUCAAAG